CUCGUGCGUCGCCGGCUUGAGAACGACUGCGUCGGUAGCAGAAGCAGGCUCUACGUAGACGCCGUCGUCGUGCUGAGGAAGCUGGAAGAGGGAGCCAACUGGAAUUAGUUCUAAGCGCAAUAUGGCUACUGCUAUUUUACAGCCCAUACACCUGCACGCUCGGAACUACAACACUCCAAACUACUCAUGCGUCGCGAACACAAACAACACCUCGAGAAACCUCUAUCAUCACUCGCCCAUUUCAGUCUAUCAAUGCAGGCAUGACCUUCCACAAGAAGAGAAGAACGUCGAAUUCAAAUCAACCACCCGCGGAUUGAUAUACACUCCUUUUUACUAUCCGUCUUGUCCUUUUCUUUUCUUUUCCAUCUCAGAGGAGGCAGCAUCCAUCUAGCGAAGAUUCGAACGAAGCAUCUUAAUUCUCAUCAUCAUCAUCAUCAUCAUC